AUUUCCGCCGCUCCUCUCUUCUCCCAUGGCAAAACCGAAAUGAAGAAAGGAAAUCCAGACAAACCAAAUCUCAAUUCGCUCUUCCUUCUGUUUCUCCCUUCCGAUCCUAUCUCCGACUUGCUCUCUUUCUCGUCUCGCCCAAAACACCAUCUCUCCUCCUCUUUGUCGAGACGAGUAGAGGACCCGACGACAGGAAGAUCGACGACGACUGUAACCAGAUGGUCGCCGGCGAAGACAACGACGAAAGCGAGCUUUCUUUAAUAGGUUGCAUGUUGAUUUUAAGGUUCGAUUUUGCUAGGUUUGGGGGUUCUGAAUAAAUUUCCUGGGUUUUUGAUGGAGGCGAGUGGGAAAGGAAGGAGGAGAUGGAGCAGGCGCCGACGUUUCAUUCCCGGCACCGCCGGCAUAUCGUCAGUUGGGGCUUCCGAUUUGUGAUUGGACGAAGGAGAUAAGGUGGCCGACGAUAGAGGCCUGGCAGUGACGGGGGGACGAGGAAAGGGCGAAGGAAGGAAUGAAGGUCAACAACGGCAGCUCUGAGCUUCUCCGGCGGCGACAA